GAGUGUAAAAAAACUAAAACACUACAAAGCGAGUGUCAAUAUAUAGGGACUAUGGCACUACCCCAUAUCCAAUAUCAUUCUCGAUCACUCACAGCUCUUCUCCAACCUGAAGAUUUUCUGUGUAAAGUUAAGAGAAGGAAAUGAUGUCCCAAAAGAUGGGAGCAAUGGGUGGUAACAUGGGAGGAGCAUUCGACGAUGGUGUUUUUGACGGUGUGAAGAAAAUAAUAGUCGGAAGAGAUCUUGGAUGUGUCUCAUAUAUCAAGAUCGAAUAUGAAAAGGACGGAAAAAUUGAAACCCGUGAGCAUGGGACUAUUCGUGGGCAACUAAAUGAGUUUGCGGUGGAAUAUCCGAAUGAAUAUAUCACAUCUGUUGGUGGAAGCUACGGUCAUGUUAGAUACUAUGAAGCAGUGCUCAUCAAAUCGCUAUUCUUCAAAACCUCCUACAGAAGAACCUCUCCGAGAUUUGGAGAUUCAGGUGGGAGAGAAUUCAUGCUCGAGAGUGAAAAUGGAGGAAAGCUUCUUGGAUUCCAUGGACGCUCAGGUCAAGCUCUUGAUGCCAUUGGACCCUACUUCUUCGCUGUUAAUUCUCCCCUUAAGCACUUUAACCGUCAAGGUGGGAGUGGGGGGAGUGCUUGGGACGAUGGUGCUUACGAUGGUAUUAGAAAAAUACUCGUUGGAAGAGGUGGUAAGUUUGUGAGUUAUGUUAGGUUUGAGUAUGCAAAAGGUGAAAGAAUGGUACCACAUGCUCAUGGGAAAAGACAAGAGGCUCCACAAGAGUUUGUGGUGGAUUAUCCUAAUGAACAUAUUACAUUAGUGGAGGGAACCAUCGAUGGCUAUCUUACAUCGCUUAGGUUUAAGACAUCAAAAGGAAGAACCUCCCCUGCUUUUGGAAAUGUGGUUGGUCGGAAAUUUGUGUUCGAGGAACAAGGUUUCAAGCUUGUUGGCUUCUGUGGUCGAUCCGGUGAUGCAAUUGAUGCUCUUGGUGCACAUUUUGGCCCUCUUCCAGCUCCAGCUCCAGCUCCAACUCCAACUCCAACUCCUGCUCCUGCUCCUGCUCCUGCUCCAGCUCCAGCUCCAGCUCCAACUCCAACUCCUGCUCCUGCUCCAGCUCCAGCUCCAGCUCCAACUCCAGCUCCAACUCCAGCUCCAGCUCCAGCUCCAGCUCCUGCUCCAGCUCCAGCUCGAGCUCCUGUUACCAUAAAGAUGGGACCAAUCGGUGGUAACAAGGGAACCACAUUUGACGAUGGUGUCUUCAAUGGUGUCAAGAAAAUAACUGUCGGGAAAGACGAGUACAGUAUAACUUACAUCAAGAUCGAAUAUGAAAAGGAUGGAAAAGUCGAAAUUCGUGAACACGGGACGAAUCGCGGGGAGCUAAAAGAGUUUACGGUGAAAGAACAUAUCACAGCUGUAGGUGGAAGCUACAAUCAUAUUUUCAACUAUGAUACAACGCUUAUCACAUCACUAUACUUCACAACCUCCAAUGGCUUUACCUCUCCAUUAUUUGGUGAGAUGAGUGGAGAAGAAUUCAAUCUCAAAGGUGAAAAUGGUGGAAAGCUUCUUGGAUUCCAUGGACGUGGUGGUUAUGCUAUUGAUUCCAUUGGGGCUUUCUUCGAGACACACUCUAGUGGAUCCCAAAAGUUGUCCAAAAAGAUGGGACCGAUUGGUGGUAUUAAGGGAAAUACAUUCGACGAUGGUGUUUUCGAUGGUGUGAAGAAAAUAACUGUGGGGAAAGACAUGUAUGGUAUAACUUAUAUCAAGAUCGAAUAUGCAAAUGACGGAAAAUUGGAAACUCGUGAACACGGGACGGCUAGCGCGGAACUAGAAGAGUUUACUGUGGAUUAUCCAAAAGAACACAUUACAGCCGUUGGUGGAAGCUACGAUCAUAUCUUUACCUACGAUACAACGCUUGUGACAUCCCUCUACUUCACAACCUCCAAUGGAUUUACCUCUCCAUUAUUCGGUAAAAAUAGUGGAAAAGAGUUCAAUCUCAAAAGUGAAAAUGGAGGAAAGCUUGUUGGAUUCCAUGGACGUGGUGGCACUGCUAUUGAUGCCAUUGGGGCUUACUUCGACACCGGUUCAAAAGGAGGUGAAGGAGAGAGCUCCGGCAGCAACGAUACAAAACCUGUUGACACUGACACCAAACCCGGCAAAGACGAUUCAAAACCUGAUGCCUCGGGAAAGACGGGACUGCUUGGUGGUAAAGGUGGAAACGCAUUUGACGAUGGUCGUUUUGAUGGUGUAAAGAAAAUAACUGUGGGAGCGGAUGAUUUAAGUGUGACCUAUAUCAAGAUAGAAUACAUUAAAGAUGGAAAGGUCGAAAUCCGUGAACAUGGGACGAAUCGCGGGGAACUAAAAGAGUUUUCGGUGGAUUAUCCGAAAGACAAGAUCACAGCCGUUGGUGGAAGCUACGAUCAUAUUUUCACCUACGAUGCGACGCUUGUCACAUCACUAUACUUCACAACCUCCAAUGGAAUCACCUCUCCAUUAUUCGGUAAAACGAGUGGAAAUGACUUCAAUCUCAAAGGUGAAAAUGGAGAAAAGCUUGUUGGGUUCCAUGGACGUGGUGGCACUGCUAUUGAUGCCAUUGGAGCUUACUUCGACACUAGCAGCGAUUCCAGUACUCAAAGAGUGGACGCACAAGGAGGCAAGGGAGGCAUUCAAUGGGACGAUGGAGGCGAUCACGAUGGUGUGACGAAGAUACUUCUUGUAGGUAGUGGUCGAGGUAUUGAUCAAAUCAAGUUCGAUUAUCUCGAAAACAAGCAGCCAAAGGAAGGAACCCUCCAUGGUGUGAAAGGAAGAAGAAGUUUCGAAUCAACGAUUGAGAUAAGUCAUCCCAAUGAGUAUCUGGUUGCCGUCAAGGGUUGGUACGAUUCAUCCAAUGUCAUUCAAGGACUUCAAUUCCAAACCAGCACAAAGACUUCCGAUUACUUUGUGUCUGGAUUUGCUGGAGAAGGUACAGAGUUUACACUUGAAGUUAAAGACAAGAAGAUCGUCGGUUUUCAUGGCUUUGCCGACUCUGGUCUCUAUUCUCUUGGAGCUUAUUUCGCUCCAAUCACCAAAUGAUCACCAAUUGAAAGUUUGUUGUGUUUGUUUCUUGAUUUCCAUAUGAAUAAAGUUAUAUCAGAGACAGACUUGUAGAUUUGUCACCUCAAGGUCUCUUGAUGGACUAUGAGUUAUGUUUGUGUUUCAACUUGAUGUUUGUGUUGUCGCUUGUUGUUUUUAAUAAAUGAUGUCUGUUCGAUCUA